CGCCUCCAGAGCCGUAGCCACGCCUGUCUCCUAGCAACUGUAAACAAGUGCGCAGCUUCGACCCCCGGGCUUCCCAGCCUGGGUGGAUCGACUUGCACCCUCCGAACCUUCUCGCCUGGCGGCUGUGCAGCGGGUGUACGAGCUGGCUGACGCCAGGGUCUGAGCCCAGGGUGCUGCCCAGCGCAUCGCGUUGCAGCUACCAAAGGUCCCCUGCCACCUGCCCGUCCUGCUGGGCACCCCUUUCUGAGCAUUUGCCCGAGUUCCUCCUCCAUGGACCCAGAGUUUGUGCCCUGAGCCCAGCACUCAGUGCCCAUUCGUGUCUUGCCCCCGGGGGCGGGGGGUUCCCGCCCUCUUUGACCUCACCAGGCCCUUGCACUGCUGUCCCCUGGCCCGGUUCGCCUGUCCCUACGUGGCAAACGCAUACUGUGCUUUGACAUUGCUCACCCGCGGCCCCACGGAGUGGAAACACCCGGUUCUCUCCCAGCUUCUCGGUUCUUAGGGAAUUGCACUCACCUGGGGCUGGCUCUCCAGAAGUGCCAAUGAUUGACUUGGCGAAAGGGGGAGGAGCUGGGGCUGGGGGAGGAGGGAGACUCAAGCUGGAGUCGGUGUUGCUUAUCGUGAGUCCUGCAAGCCGUCAUUCUCUGUGACUCACUGUUGCACGCCUACUGUGUGCCAGGCGGUGUUCCAGGCCUUGGCCCUUCACCCCAGACAGGACAAGGGAAAGGAAGGGAAGGAGAGGAAGGGUGGGUAAUCCUGAAAGAGGCAGGGCUUGCCUCUGGGGAACAGAGGGUGGUGACAGCAGUGCCUUCAUCAUCUUCCAGCCAGGAGUGCCAGGCCUGUGGGUGCUCUGUGGAAUGUCCCUGCACGCCUGGGAGUGGGAAGAUGAGGACAGGGCCAGCAUGGGGCCCAUGUCCUCCAUGGGCAGCUUUUACCAGUCUGGCAGUGAGUGGGACACGGAGGAGUACCUGAAGGUCAGAACACAAGCCCCGGAGUCGGAUUCCGACCACCCGUGUAGCAAGUCCUCACAUGGGCCUGCCGACAGCUUCCAGUCUGAUGUGCCCCAGGCUGUCCCCUGCAAGUUCGUCAUCUCACUGGCCUUCCCGGUGACUGCUGGUCAUAGAGGAAAACAUACAUGUUUUAUUGAAAAACAUAAGAAACACUCUCGAAUGGACAAGCAUGCUUCCAAGGCUCGCUGUUACUACCACAUGGAGUAUUUCCUUCUGCCAGAUGAUGGAGAGCCUAAAAAGAUUGACAUGGUGGUGUUUCCAACGGUGGCCAAAUUGUUCCUGGAUUCAGGAGUAAAGACGGUGAGGCCGUGGCAGGAAGGGGACAAAAUCUGGGUGUCAUGGACCCAGACUUUCAACAUCAACAUGACAAAGGAAUUACUAAAGAAAAUAAAUGUUCACAAAAUCACCUUGAAGGUCUGGGACACCAAGGACAAGGUUUCAAGAAAAGUCAGGUAUUAUCGGUUAAAGACUCCUGCAUAUUCAGAAGACGCAGGAUCUUUUGAGGAAGUGAAAAAUUUGGUUUUAAGUCAGAGAAGAUUGUGUGAAGAGGGCACACACAUCAGAAAGGAGUGGAACCAGGAGCAUGCACCAGAAAAAGCAGAAAAGGCAGGAAAACACAUAAAGCCUUCACAUGCAGAGCCUGAAACUUUUUCCAAGAGCUCCGAGGAAUAUGAAAAGGCACUCCGAAUGGAUGAUCUUGGCACAGUUAGAUGGAGUACUUCAAGAGAAUCAACUCUUUAUUUGGAGACAGCACCUGGGAUGGAGAUGAAGGAAUUAAUGGAGAGAUCAUUUAGCAGUUUAACAAAGAUAGUAGAAAAGCAAAAAUUUCAAAGUAAAAGGAAAGAGUCAGAGGUGAAAAAGAAGAGCCAGAAGAGAAAGAGGAAAUCUCGAGUGGAAGACAAUGACUCCAAGGGGGCAGGAAACUGGAAGCACGGAGCUUUCUCUACCGAACUGGUGCUGAUGCCGCUCCUCGCAGGAUGGCAAACUGUCAUGAGUUGUGGCUGUUGGAAGUCUGCCAGCAUUUUAGAUUGUUAUUUGAGUUUUAAAACAGAAGUUCCUAUCAUGACUGAGGAGCAAAAGCAGGAUUUAAACCCUUUGACCAUAAAGAUCAAGUGUGUUUCCUGCCUUCCAUCACAACCUGUGCCAAUCCAUGAACUAGAGAGGCUGUGCACCCCCGUGUACUGCAAGUACAAGUUCUUUAAGACUCCAGUUCACAAGACGGAGGGGAAGCCCCAUGGAGUACACAUCUACUUCCAGGACAUCAAUGUCAUCUUUCUUGGGCCGAUGCAGCCCAGUGACUUGAGGGAAUACCUGGAGGGGCCCCCCAUGGUUGUGGAGGUUCACGACAGGGACCGCAAGUUAGAAGAGUAUUCCCAGAAGCCCACCCUGUUUGGGGAUGACCCCUUGGAUUCACACCUCAACCUCCAGGCCCUCAUCUCUCCGGAAGAGACAGAGAACAACCCCUUUGAAUCCCAAAACAAGAUAUGGAACCCUUAUGGGGUUGCCAAGGUCAGUUUUGCCGACCUUCUCCUUGGCCACAAGUACUUGAACUUGGUGGUCCCCAUCCACAGGUGUGAGCCCAAGCCCACACACCAUGGCCGGGAUGGCAGGAGCAGGAAGGUUGUGGGGUUUCGGGUCCCCACGGAUGGCUUUCAGCACAGCUCAGUGCCCAUGGGCAACUACCUUGAAGCCAACUCCCAGCUCAAGCUGCGGGUGGACAUUGCAGUGCCACUGCGGGCCAGCGCCGAAGCCCCUGACCCUGAACUUACAGGCACCCUGUUUGGCCGCAUCAUUUUUGUGUUUGACUCCAGAAAGAUCUCCCUCCUCUCCAGCCUGCUGCAGGACAUCUCCAUGAUCAAUGCCAAGGCCCUUGAUCUGGACGCCUACUCUGCUGGGAACAUCCAGCAGAUUCUGUCUGCCUUUAAGAUGCACAUGAGGAUCCAGGAAAGGCAGGACCUGGAUGUGCUCACUGGCUUCCACCUGCUGGAUGGGAAGAUCCAUCUUCUCAUUCUGGAAGGUUUGGCUGACCAGGGUUUAAAGCGGCUGUGGGACAGCCAUCAAAGCCGAAACACCAAAGCAGAACACGGGAAAUGCAAGGUGCUCUACAACUCCGCGCUACUGUUUCGCCACCGCCUAUACGCAGACCUGGAGACCGUCCUGUACCAAGUGCACCUCUUCAAGCCGCUGUCGCAGCUCAUGAAGCACUCGGUGCUCUACGUCCGCAACACCGUUCCAGAGAAGACCUUCCAGGCCCUGACCAGGAUCUACUGUAUCUGCUAUCACAGCAGCAAACUCAGGGAGGUGAUCACAGAAGACCUGCUCCCAUCCUCUGCCAUGGUCAAAGACUUGAGCCAGGAGCUGGGGCUGCCCAUUUCACAAGAAGGCCUCACAGAUGGAAAACCGUCGGUCUUGCCAACUCCUCCAGCCCCCAAUCUCGAGGACUUACGAGGUCAGAAACCCGACCUCGCUUAUGAGAUCCAAGCCCACCAGGAGAAGUAUCUGCGGUGGCGGAACGCCAUGGUGCUAAAGAACAGAGGCCAGGAGCGCAGCCUGAUCCAGAAAAAUAUUGCCGGGGUCUACCAGGUCGGCAAGAAGCCUCCGAAGUCUGUGGUGAAGGUGAUCAGAAUCGCAGCGCCUGCCAAAGACGCGGUUUAUAACUACAGCAUCCAGACCCUGAAUUCCACACAGCUUGCCAAGAAGGAGCUGUAUCGAGAGAUGGCCAAGGAGCCAAGGAAGAGGUUCACGUACUCCCAGAAUUACCUCUCAGCCAUGGUGGAGCCCCAGGACUCUGAGGAAGAGGAAAAGAAAGCCAAGAAGCAAUCCCGCCAGGCCUGGCUCAUGGCCAACGGAUUCCAACUGACAGGUCUUCACAAAAGCACCGAAAGCGGCCGUCACAUCAGGCUGCCGCCCGUUGGCAUGGUCACAGAGCUGAACGAGGAGUGGAGGGAAAACACACCGCUCGCUAACGUGCUGGAUCGAAGGAGGUGGACGUGGGACCGGCGCCACCAGGACUUUGACCUGUACGGGAAGCCACCACUUUUCUUCGAGCUGCCCCCUUCUCCAGUGCUAAAGCCCAGAACAGGUAGGAAGACAAAAGGGAGUAGCCCUGUGUCCUGAGCAGCACAGACCUCCUCCUCAGAGCUGACCGCCAGUGCGGGCCACGGCCACAACUCAGCAAACCAGCAGCCUCCUGGACCACUACCGGGCUGAGGCCUUUGACCUGCCCAGUCCCUCGCUCCUGAGACUCCUUGACUGGGUCAUGCCGCUCGCUGACCCCCUCCUCCAACCACUGGCCUCAUUAAAGUUCAGAGGAUUAAGCGGGCAGGGAGACUUACCUCAUGGUCAUGGUUGGGGAGCCCCACUCGGAUGGAGCGGCUGGCCCGCGACAGCACCGCCGUCAUGCCGUACAGGUUGAUGAGGAUGUUGGCCACCCGCUUUAGGAUCAUCUGCUCCUCCACGAUGGUCUGGGAGCACAGAGCCCAGGGUGGAGGCUCGCCGCCCACGACCUCCCUCCCCGGGCACAUCUUCACCAACCUCCAGGCCUCAAUUCAUGCCUAACACAGCCUCUCCCUUUGGGUUGGGGGAGGCUGGCUCACCGGAUGCCCGGUUUUCCCUUCUGUCUCAGUUUGGGCAGGGGUCAAGGUGAGACCAGGUCCCGGGAAACUGAGACACAGGCUGGUGCUUACUGUGCUUCAUGUCACCGGGAGCAGCAACAGCCCUAGAUUUGGGCUCUAAGGAGCCUCUCUCUGUCUGGAAGGCACCCACCCAAGUGGCCCCUGGCACAGCCAGCCCCACCCCAUGCCUCCACGGUGACCAAGAUUUCUUUCUAGGCCUGGUCCCAAAGGCGGACACUUCAGACAGCCCAUCUCCCUGGCUCCCAAGUCGGAGGGGACCUGCCCUCCCCAGACCUGGCAGGGGCCCAGGUACCUUGCCAAAGCGGAGCAGUAAUGUCUCUACAGUGCGGCCAAAGUAAUACACAUUCUCCUCGA